AUGGUGGCACCUAUGACAUUAUGCUUGGAGCUGCUGGCAAUUGCGUGCCUACUGGCGACAGCAACUGGUAGAGAGGUCAACCAGUUCCCAGAGGGCUUCCUGCUGGGAGCCGCCACCGCCUCCUACCAGAUAGAGGCCGCCUGGAACGAGGAUGUUCAACAAACACAACAGUUCAGUAGUGAAAGUUUGAAAGCAGCAUCGAAAUCACCUGUAGUAGGACUGAAGGCUAAAGUAUACCGUUUCUCUAUCUCUUGGCCUCGCAUACUGCCUAAUGGGGACCUGGACGUGAUGAACCAGCCGGGAAUCGACUACUACAACAAUCUCAUCAACUUGUUACUGGAGAACGAUGUCCAGCCGCUGGUGAAACUGUGGACGACGUUCAACGAGCCCAUCUCAUUUACUGGCGGCGGCCAGGCCCCGUCACAGAACGCUUCUGGUAUCGGGGACUACCUGGCUUCGCACACCGUCAUCAGGGCGCACGCCAUGGUCUACCGCCUCUAUGACGAGCAGUACCGCUCCACGCAGAACGGCAGAGUCGGCAUCACACUGAGCACUAACUGGUACGAACCUCUGGGCGACAAGGAGGAGAGGCUGGCAGCACAGGAGCGCGUGUUCCAGUUGGAGCUGGGCCUGUACGCGAACCCUAUCUUCGUGGACGGCGACUACCCGGCCGUGGUGCGGGAACGUGUGGUCAACAACAGCAGAGCCGAGGGUCGACCCAGGUCGCGCCUGCCCAGCUUCACAGAGGAGGAGAAGCGGAUGAUCAACGGUCAGUACAACAACAGAAGGGGGCCUGAAUUCUCGUCUUUUCUGUUUAUCACUCCUGCUGUCCCCUAA